UGAGCAAGGAUGUCAUAAUACCAAAAAAUUCUAUUUGUGUUUUCCUAUUUUUUGCACUUCAUCAAAACGAAAAAUAUUGGAAAAAUCCUUUACAAUUUAAUCCUGAUAGAUUUUUACCUGGAAAUUACGAUAUUAAACAUUUUCUACCAUUCAGCAUUGUGCCAAGAGGUUGCAUUGGUUUCAAUUUGGCAAUGCUCGAAAUGAAAGCAAUAAUUGCUACUGUAUUGAGAAAAUUUUCUGUUCAUGUAGAUGUCCCACAAAAAGUGGAAGACAUAGUUCUACAAUUCGAUAUAACUAUAAAACCUGCGAAAAAGAUUUUUUUAAGGUUUAAGAGGAGAUAAUAUAUAUUAUUUUAUAUUUUCUUUUAUCUGGUUUGCUUUUGUAAACGAUAAAUGUGCAUCUAUUGGAUUGGUACAACAACGUUGAAAAACGUGCCAUGCUGUCUUUUUCCAAUUUGCAAAUUUUCGGCAGUUUUCUCUUGUUUGCGCGUAUUGUUCCAAGCAACGAAGUAUUUUUAAUUCUUAAAUUUAAAGCGACAGGAAUACUUGUAAAAAAAUUAUCGGUCGUUACAGUUUUACCCUUCAUGGUAUCCCACAUAACACGAUAAGUUUUGAAAUCUUUCAGCGAAGGUUUCGUAAAAUAUUUUCAAAUAAUCUUUCAGAAACCUUGCAGGCAUCAUUCUAAAAUAUUUUGAAAAAGAUUCAUAAAAGAUUUUACAAAAAUAUUUUAAAAACAUUU